AUGAUUCCGUGUGUCACCAUCAGCAUCCCUGACUCCAGUACCAAGUGUUUCUUUAUCAGCUACAGCAUCCCUGACGCCAGUACCAAGUGUGUCACCAUCAGCAUCCCUGACUUCAGUACCAAGUGUGUCACCAUCAGUAACCGCAUCCCUGACUCCAGCGCCAAGUGUGUCACCAUCAGUAACCGCAUCCCUGACUCCAGUCCCAAGUGUGUCACCAUCAGUAACCGCAUCCCUGACUCCAGUACCAAGUGUUUCAUCAUCGGUGACAGCAUCCGUGACUCCAGUCCCAAGUUUUUCCCCAUCAGUAACAGCAUCCUUGACUCCAGCGCCAAGUGUGUCACCAUCAGUAACCGCAUCCCUGACUCCAGUACCAAGUGUUUCACCAUCAGUAACUGCAUUUCUGACUCCAGUACCAAGUGUGUCACCAUCAGUAACAGCAUCCCUGACUCCAGCGCCAAGUGUGUCACCAUCACCAAGUCUGUCCCUGACUCUGUCGCCAAGUGUGUCACCAUCAGUAACAGCAUCCGUGACUCAAGCACCAACGCCAACUGUGUCACCAUCAGUAACAGCAUCCUUGACUUCAGUACCAAGUGUGUCACCUUCAGUAACCGCAUCCCUGACUCCAGCGCCAAGUGUGUCACCAUCAGCAACAGCAUCCUUGACUCCAAUACCAAGUGUGUCACCAUUAGUAACAGCAUCCCUGACUCCAAUCUCAAGUGUGUCACCAUCAGUAACAGCAUCACUGACUCCAGCGCCAAGUGUGUCACCAUCGUUGACAGCAUCACUGACUCCAGCACCAAGUGUGUCACCAUCAGUAACAGCAUCGUUGACUCCAGCGCCAAGUGUGUCACCAACAGUAACCGCAUCCCUGACUCCAGUCGUCCCAAGUGUGUCACCAUCAUUAACCGCAUCCCUGACUCCAGUCCAAAGUGUGUCCCCAUCAGUAACAGCAUCCCUGACUCCAGUACCAAGUGUGUCACCAUCAGUAACAGCAUCCUUGACUCCAGUACCAAGUGUGUCACCAUCAGUAACAGCAUCCUUGACUCCAGUACCAAGUGUGUCACCAUCAGUAACAGCAUCCUUGACUCCAGUACCAAGUGUGUCACCAUCAGUAACAGCAUCCGUAACUCCAGCACCAAGUGUGUCACCAUCGGUGACAGCAUCCGUGACUCCAGCGCCAAGUGUGUCACCAUCGGUAACAGCAUCGUUGACUCCAGUACCAAGUGUGUCACCAUCAGUAACAGCAUCGUUGACUCCAGCACCAAGUGUGUCACCAUCAGUAACAGCAUCGUUGACUCCAGCACCAAGUGUGUCACCUUCAGUAACAGCUUCCUUCACUCCAUCACGAACUCCAGCAGUGAGUGUUAUCAUGACUACGUCGCUGACGUCAUCUCCAACACCAAGUUCGUCAGUGCAGCCAAGCCCGUCUAUGGUGAGCACUGCGACUGUUAGUCCAUCUUCAGCUGUCCCAACAACGUUUCCCCCAUUUGUUCCAGACGCUGACGUAAACGUUGGCGAUGUCAUCCCGGUGAACGCAGCCCCGCCGGUGUUCUCUCCUGCCGGGGACGUGCCGACCUCCCUUGACGU